AAAGAAAAGAGAUAGGAUCCUUUCCCGGGCGGCGACGUGGGUGCCGUGUCCGGCCAAUCCCAACUGGCAAACCCGGCUCCGCCGCCGUUGCCCGAACCCAGCUACUAUUAUAAACUCCUCAACCAACGCAACGCAACGCAAGGCGCGCUACAGAUAAAAGGGAACCAAGAAAGAAGAAGCCCACGACGCAACCGCUCCCAAUCCAUAAUCAAUCAAUCAGCCAAUCGCCAGUGUUUCCCAACCGAAACCGCCUAAUCCAUCCAUCAAUCCUCUGUCUACGCCAACCCGAAUUCCUCCCUUCCACCCUCCGGAGCCCUCUCCUCCUCCGAUUCGCCCUCCCCCCCCCCCCCCCCCCCCCCCCCCCCCCCCCAUCGACAAAUCCUCUGCCCUUCCCCUGCUUUGCCCUUUCAUAGCCGGAAAGAAGAAGGUAGUCUCCGCCGGCCGCCUCUUGGUGCUUUGCUUCUAGAGCAGGAAACGACGUUCUUGGAUCGUCCCGGCGACUCGCCGGCGAGAGAAAAGAAGGAGAAUCUUUGGUGUUUGGUCCCGACUCUCCCUCCGGUCGUCGUUUCGUUGCCGGCGCGAUGAGUAAUACGCUGCUCCGAAUCUACCCUUCCGAGCUCAAGAUGCCAUUUGAGCUCAGGAAGUCGAAUACAGGAUGCAUCGAGCUCGUCAACAAGACCGAUCAGCGUGUAGCUUUCAAGGUAAAAACAACGAACCCAAAAAAGUACGCAGUGCGGCCUACCUCCGGCAUCGUGCCGCCAGGGGGAUCCUGCGGUAUCACAAUUACGAUGCAGGCACCCAAGGAGAUCCCCCAGGAUUACCAAUGCAAGGACAAGUUCCUCAUUCAAAGCGUCAUAGUGCAGGAAGGGAUAACGCAUAAGGACAUUGUCCCUGAGAUGUUCGGCAGAGCGCCUGGCAGGGUGGUGGAGGAGUUCAAGCUGCGGGUGAUCUACAUCCCUGCAAAUCCCCCCUCACCGGUGCCUGAGGGAGACGAGGAAGAGAUUGCAGAUAUGGAGGUCGACCAUGAAGUGUUUAGACAAUCCAUGAUCGAUGCUGCAUCUAGGCAAGAAUAUGCAUCUGGACCACAAGCUUCACAUGACAAGGACGCCUCUACGGUUAAGUCAGAAGUUGUUAAAUAUGUAGCUGAAAACAAGAAGCUUCAACAAGAGCUGGAACAGCUUAGCGAGAGAAGGCAGUCUCUUGGGGGUUUCUCACGUACGUUUGUGCUCCUCGUCUUCCUGUUAUCUGUUCUUGUUGGAUACUGGAUGACAGGUCGGAAGGUUUAGCCACAAAUAGCGGCUACAUAUACAUGUGGUUUUGCGGCUUGGCGUAUGCCUUGCCUGGUUACCCCUUGUUUUGGAUGGUUUUUCUCUUAUGUUCUUUUAGUAUAGUCUACACUGUAUAGAGAGGUGUUCUGGGUUUGAAGUUAUACAUGUGUUGGGAAUGUACAUUUUUUUGUGGAAUAUGCAGAAGACACUGCAUAUCUAUUCCAUUAAGAACUCGCCCCUUUGAACAAGAUUCUAAUGACAA